UCGGAGACUCUUUGAAGAUGAGGGGAUGAAGGUGAUGACGAUGGUGGUGCUGAUGGUGAUGCAGUUCGAGCGGAGGAGAGAAGAUGAAGAUGAAGAAGCUCUCCAGGAAGCUGGCUGUAGCUGCAGCGGCGCUCUUCUGGGUCGCGGCUCUGCUCUACGUGCUUCUCCUGAAAAUCCCUGAACAUCACACCGAGAGACAGAGAGAGGUGGUGGAGAUCUCGAAUACGGAAUGGGAUGAUCUCCUGGAUGAGUUCGAAGAGAAGAACUAUCUUAACUCGUACAAGUGGAAGCCUGGCCAAGAUCCCUACAGUCUGUAUGCCUUUAAUCAGAGAGAGAGCGAAAGGAUCCCCAGCAACAGAGUACUUAAAGACACCCGCAAUCACAGGUGUGUAUCGCUGUACCAUGACACUGAACUGCCCUCCACCAGUAUCGUGAUCACGCUGCAUAACGAGGCUCGUUCCACUCUGCUGCGUACACUGAGGAGCGUGCUGAAUCGGACACCUGUGCAUCUGAUACAUGAGAUCAUCCUGGUGGACGACUUCAGUGGGGAUCCGAACGACUGCCUUCUUCUCACCAAGUUACCUAAAGUCAAGUGUCUUCGCAAUAAUCGAAGAGAAGGGUUGAUCAGGUCCAGGGUUCGAGGGGCAGAUGCUGCUGAAGCAGAGGUUCUCACCUUCCUCGACAGCCACUGUGAGGUCAACAAAGACUGGCUGCCUCCACUGCUUCAGAGGAUUAAAGAGGACUCCAGCUGUAUCGCCAGCCCAGUCAUCGACAUCAUCAACAUGGACUCCUUUGCCUACAUUGCUGCUUCCUCAAACCUUCAGGGUGGAUUUGACUGGAGCCUCCAUUUUAAGUGGGAACAGCUAUCUGCUGAGAAGAGAGCUAAGAGACUCAACCCCACAGAACCCAUUAAGACCCCUGUUCUUCCUGGAGGGCUGUUUGUCAUCAAUAAAUCCUGGUUCAACCACCUGGGGAAAUAUGACACAGCCAUGGAUAUCUGGGGGGGAGAAAACUUUGAGAUCUCGUUCAGAGCGUGGAUGUGUGGAGGAAGCCUGGAGAUCGUCCCGUGCAGCAGAGUUGGCCAUGUCUUCCGCAAGAAACACCCGUACAGCUUUCCAGACGGCAACGCCAAUACUUAUAUUAAGAACACGCUGCGUACCGCUGAGGUGUGGAUGGAUGACUUCAAAAUCUUCUACUACUCCGCUCGACCGGCCGCCCGAGGCAAGUCCUACGGAGACAUUCAUGGUAGACAGGAGCUAAGAAAAAGUCUGAACUGCAAAACGUUCCAGUGGUAUUUGGACAAGGUCUAUCCAGAGCUCAGGGUUCCUGAUAAUUCCCAUUCAAAAUCCGGAGCGAUCCAGCAAAGGCAGAACUGUCUUGAAGCUCAGCAUGCUGAAGGACAGGACACUCCGGUGCUCAUGCUCGCCCCAUGCAUUAGCAACAGAACCGCCAACCAGGAGUGGAUGUACACACAUGGACAGCAGAUUCGCCAGCAGCAGGUCUGCCUGUCCGUCUCGACCACGUUGCCAGCCUCCCAGAUCUUACUCGUACCCUGCAACAUCAGCGACAGCAAACAGGAUUCCUGGAGUGUCAGUAAGAACAGAAAUGAACAGCUGGCCACGUGCGAAAAGAGCAAGACCUUUAAAAUAACAGUGGAGAAGUGCAAUACUGAAAAACUCUUCCUGCUUUUUUUUUUUCUUCAAUUUUUGCACAUUUGUCACACGCAAUUGUUUUACAACUUCAGAUGAAGAAAACUAAAAAUUGCUUUUCUAAUUUUUUUCAUUUCAUAGUGUACAUUUGAUCCAACUCUCGCUGGCAGUAGGCCAUGAACAAAUAUUUGCCAUCUCAUGAAGGUUUUUUGGGAUAAUGUUCUAAUGAGUAUUAGAACAUGAAGAACGUUUUGGAAGAACUGUUUUGGAGUCAUGUUACACGUGUGGUAGAGCGUUUCACAGCGAAUGUGUGUGAAACAUGGUGAUGGUAGUGUGAUGGUGUGGGGAUGCAUUUGCUGAUUAAGGAGGACUUGCACUAAUUGAUGAAGCACAAGAGCAAGUCGAAUUCUGAUUGGCUUGUGAGUAUCAAAAUAAAGCUAUAGGUUUGGGCUAAUCAAAGUCUUGACAUGAAACUUAUUGAGGUGUUUACUUCUAGUUCAUGCUGAAAAAAGUAAUUCUCCAAAGUCUAGCGGGACAAUCUGAGAAUCUAAUAUAAUCUCUCUCUAUAUAUGUAUGUAUGUAUGAAUGAAUGGCAUCCCAAAAGCACCAUUCAGAAAAAUGGCUUGUACUGUUGUAUAUCACUGCACAACAUUAUACAAUAAACAGUCUGAUACGUUGAUGUA